CCGCGACCCGGAGCCGGAGCCGCCGCCGCCCGGGACUCGGAUCGCAGCGCCCGGCCAUGGCUUCGGGCCCGGCGGAGGCGGAGACCCGGCAGAGGCUGCUGCGCACCGUCAAGAAGGAGGUGAAGCAGAUCAUGGAGGAGGCCGUCACGCGGAAGUUCGUCCACGAAGACAGCAGCCACAUCGUGUCCCUCUGUGCGGCUGUGGAGGCCUGCGUCCUGCACGGGCUGCGGCGGCGGGCGGCCGGCUUCCUGCGCAGCAACAAGAUCGCGGCUCUCUUCAUGAAGGUGGGCAAGAGCUUCCCGCCGGCCGAGGAGCUGAGCCGCAAGGUCCAGGACCUGGAGCAGCUGAUGGAGAACGCGCGAAACCAGAUCCAGGGCCUCCAGGAGAAUGUGCGGAAGCUACCGAAGCUGCCCAACCUGUCGCCCCUCGCCAUCAAGCACCUGUGGAUCCGCACUGCCUUGUUUGAGAAGGUCCUGGACAAAAUCGUGCAUUACCUGGUGGAAAACAGCAGUAAAUACUAUGAGAAGGAAGCUCUCCUGAUGGACCCCGUGGAUGGCCCCAUCCUUGCAUCUUUGUUGGUGGGGCCCUGUGCCCUGGAGUACACCAAGAUGAAGACUGCGGAUCACUUCUGGACCGACCCCUCGGCCGACGAGCUCGUCCAGAGGCACCGCAUCCACAGCUCGCACCUGCGGCAGGACUCGCCCACCAAGCGGCCAGCCCUCUGUAUCCAGAAGAGGCAUUCGAGUGGCAGCAUGGACGACCGGCCAUCCCUGUCCGCCCGCGACUAUGUGGAGUCCUUGCACCAGAACUCCCGGACCACCCUGCUCUACGGCAAGAACAACGUUCUGGUUCAGCCGAGGGAUGACAUGGAGGCCGUGCCGGGGUACCUGUCCCUCCACCAGACAGCUGAUGUCAUGACCUUGAAGUGGACGCCCAACCAGCUGAUGAACGGGUCUGUGGGAGACCUGGACUAUGAGAAGAGCGUCUACUGGGACUACGCCAUGACCAUCCGCCUGGAGGAGAUUGUCUACCUGCACUGCCACCAGCAAGUGGACAGCGGUGGGACGGUGGUGUUGGUCAGCCAGGAUGGGAUCCAGAGGCCGCCUUUCCGCUUCCCCAAAGGGGGGCACCUCCUGCAAUUCCUCUCGUGCCUGGAGAACGGGCUGCUCCCUCACGGGCAGCUGGACCCGCCCCUCUGGUCCCAGCGGGGGAAGGGCAAAGUAUUCCCCAGACUGCGCAAGAGGAGCCCUCAGGGUUCCGCCGAGUCCACGUCUUCAGACAAGGAAGAUGACGAGGCCACGGACUACGUGUUCAGGAUCAUCUAUGCCGGCAUGCAGUCGGAAUUCGUUGCCCCCGUCUCCAUGGGCCCUGCCUGGAUGGUGGUUCCUGUAGGCCGGUCCGUGCUGGUGGUGGCCAGGGGCAGUAGGUGGGCGCAAGCCAGAUGGGACGCCACCCUCCCCACACCAAACCUGAAGCAGCAGCCCCCCUUCCCUCAGGACCUGAUGGAUGUCUCUGUGAGCAACUUGCCAUCCCUAUGGCAGCCCAGCCCCCGGAAAUCCUCCUGCUCAUCCUGUUCACAGAGCGGCUCAGGUGACGGUGGUUCGACUAAUGGCUGCAACCAUGAGAGGGCCCCCCUGAAGCUGCUCUGUGACAACAUGAAGUACCAGAUCCUUUCCAGAGCCUUCUAUGGAUGGCUUGCCUACUGCAGACACCUGUCCACCGUGAGGACCCACCUGUCAGCCCUGGUCAAUCACAUGAUCGUGUCUCCGGACUUGCCCUGCGACGCUGGACGCGGGCUGACUGCCGGGAUCUGGGAGCAGUACCUUCAGGACAGCACAAGCUAUGAGGAGCAGGAGCUGCUGCGUCUCAUCUACUACGGGGGCAUCCAGCCGGACAUCCGCAAGGCCGUGUGGCCGUUCCUCCUCGGCCACUACCAGUUCGGGAUGACGGAAACAGAAAGGAAGGAGGUGGACGAGCAGAUUCACGCCUGCUACGCACAGACCAUGGCCGAGUGGCUAGGCUGUGAGGCGAUCGUGCGGCAGAGGGAGCGGGAGUCGCACGCAGCGGCCCUGGCCAAAUGCUCGUCGGGGGCCAGCCUGGACGGCCACCUGCACCGGCUGAUGCAUCGGGACUCCACCAUCAGCAACGAGUCCUCCCAGAGCUGCAGUUCCAGCCGCCAGAACAUCCGCCUGCAGAGCGACUCCAGCAGCAGCACACAGGUGUUUGAGUCUGUGGACGAAGUGGAGCAGGUGGAGGCAGAAGGCAGGCCGGAGGAGAAACAGCCCAAGAUCCCCAAUGGGAACCUGGUGAAUGGCACCUGUUCCCCAGACUCCGGCCAUCCUUCCUCCCACAACUUCUCCUCCGGCCUCUCGGAGCACUCGGAGCCCAGCCUGAGUACGGAAGACAGUGUCAUGGACGCCCAGCGAAACGCCCCUCUUAUGGUUCGACCCAGGGACAGCAGCGUGGAUGACGGGCAGAGCAGCGAGGCCACUACUUCCCGGGACGAGGCCCAACGGGAGGAGCUGGCCGUGCAGGACAGCCUGGAGAGCGACCUCCUCGCCAACGAGAGCAUGGACGAGUUCAUGUCCAUCACUGGUAGCAUGGACGUGGCCCUGCCCGAAAAGGAGGGGGCCUUGAUGGAGGGCUGGGGGGGCAGCAGGGUGGAGAAGCACAGCCAGGUGGACAGUGAGGACACCCUCUCAGAGGAGCCGGAGAUGGAGAGCUUCUUCCCUGCCCUGGCUUCUCUGGCCGUGACCACUUCCGCCAACAACGAAGCGUCCCCUGUGUCCUCCAGCGGUGUCACUUACUCCCCGGAGCUGCUGGACCUGUACACGGUGAACCUGCACCGCAUCGAGAAGGACGUGCAGAGAUGCGACCGCAACUACUGGUACUUCACGCCCACCAACCUGGAGAAGCUGCGCAACAUCAUGUGCAGCUACAUCUGGCAGCACAUUGAGAUUGGCUAUGUCCAAGGAAUGUGUGACCUCCUGGCUCCACUGCUGGUCAUUUUGGAUGAUGAGGCCCUCGCCUUCAGCUGCUUCACAGAGCUCAUGAAGAGGAUGAACCAGAACUUCCCCCAUGGAGGCGCCAUGGACACGCACUUUGCCAACAUGAGGUCACUCAUCCAGAUCCUGGACUCGGAGCUCUUUGAGCUGAUGCAUCAGAAUGGGGACUACACUCACUUCUACUUCUGCUACCGCUGGUUCCUGCUGGAUUUCAAGCGAGAACUCAUCUAUGAUGACGUCUUCUCCGUCUGGGAGACCAUCUGGGCCGCCAAACACGUCUCGUCCGCCCACUAUGUCUUGUUCAUCGCGCUGGCUCUGGUGGAGGUCUACCGAGACAUCAUCUUGGAGAACAACAUGGAUUUCACAGACAUCAUCAAGUUCUUCAAUGAAAUGGCCGAGCGACACAACACCAAGCAGAUCCUGAAGCUGGCCCGGGACCUCGUGUACAAGGUGCAGACUCUGAUUGAGAACAAGUGAGGGCCCCCUCGCCCAGGCGGUGUCAGCGGGGCCACCACCCGCCCAUCCUGCCCACUUUCCCUCCCAGCCACCCCAGGAGUGAGGUCCUGGCGUUUGUUCCUGAGCGUGGACUUCUGUGCAGAAAGAAGCUGCCCUGACUUUGGCCGCUGGCCAGGUGGAGGUCGAGGGGUUGCCCCUUCGGUUCAGCCUUACGUUUUCCUGUUUGACCAAAGAUCGCCCGAGUCUGGAUGCCUCCCCUGCGGGAGGUGGGGGUUGUUGGUGGACAAAGGAAACAUCCUCGUUCGUGGUCUCCAGAGUGGUCUCCUCUCCCUUCUCCUCAUCCCUCCAAACGGUCCUGUCACAUGAGACUUGGGGCGGGGAUUGUCCUGGAAAUCGGUGUGGGAGAGGUCUGUGGGGCUACCUCUGUACUCUGAAAGGGGCCUUCGGAGAUGUUCCAGAACAUGGCUGGAAGAUUCGCUUGGAGCAGGGUUUAUGCACCUCAGCACUACUGACACUUGGGUCAGGUAACUCUUUUUUGAGCGGGGCUGUCCUGUGCGUCACAAGAUGUCGAGCAGCAGCCCUGGCCUCCACCCACUAGAUGCCAGCACAUCCCCCGACCCUAGUUUUGACAACCCAGAAUGUCUCCCAACAUUGCCAAACGUCCCUGUUUGAGAACCGCUGGCUCCGAGAGGGGGUUCAAACAUCUCCCUUGCUGCACUUUCUUUAUACCUAAGCCGCCUGUGUCCUGAGCCUUCCUCCCAUAGAGAAGGCACAGAGGCCCGCACACCUCUCUCUUAGGGUCCAGCAUUCUGUCUGUUGUAUUCUCUCAUUUUUUUCCUCCUCCACCUGACCAUAGGAGAAACUUCUUUUCUUCUUUUCAAGAAAGCUGUCUCCUUGCAAGGAUGAUGGAACUUGAGAAAUGUCUCUAAGCAUGAGAUCCUCUCUUCUGGGUCCUGCCCAGAGCCCCCGGGGCAGGGCAGAGUCCACAUCCCGCUCCUCCCUUCCUAGGGAAGACCUCGCCUCUCCUUCCGCACGUUGGGGCUGGUGCUCCAGGAGCUUGGAACGUGUGUGUUGGUGACAGCCACUUGGUCAGGGAGGCUGGCUUUCCCUAAGUGCCCAUGCUUACUCAGGACAAAGGAGGAAAAGGAAGAUAGAGGUCAGCCAGGGGCGAGGGUGGUGUGGGUUUUCCUCGAGAAACAUCUGCUGGUGAACUGGCACCAGGGUCACGGCUAGGUCCGGAAACGGUCCCCUCCGUGUCUUCACAAAAAGGGUCCCCAAUCCUCAGACAGACCCUGAGUCUGCAGAGGGGGGUGUGUCAGCCCCCUGCUCCUGCUCGGGACGGGGAGAAAUGCCCGCCCCGCGUCCUUGCAAAGCUCUUCCCUCAGUCUCAGCACUUUCUGCCGCAUGUGACCACCCAGCUUCCACCGAGCGGGGCCUCUUUGGCGGGAUGGACGAAGCCAAGGUGGCCCCUGCUUGGGAAGAGCGCUCCAUGAGAGCGCAUCCCCUCGCCCUGGUCCCCCAGCUUCCCAAGACGGGAAAAUUGUGCAAAAGACCCUCCUGAGAAGAGUCUCUCUUGCCACUCAGCUGUUCAUGCCGGGGACAUUAUUUUAGCAAGACCCAGGUCCUAGACCUUCCGGUUCUUAUUUAUUUUUUCGACAGACUAGUCACAAAGUACAGCACAAGAUUCCUUCCGCGCCUUCUCCCGUGGUGUUCCAGAGAGCGUCUGUGGGUGUGAUUUGGAAUAACUCGUAUUUAUUUGGCUUCCUGUGCUCAGUCGGGUCUCCGUCCGUUGUGUGCGUCCUUGUGUCCCGGAAUCGAAUGCGUAGGCGUUGUUCUGUCUGUGGGGUGCCCUCUUUUUCUCGGUGUUGCCAACAUAUCUCGUGAUUGUUUACUAAAGAGUUGUGUCUAUAUAGAGAGAAAAAAAUAUAUCAACAGAGAAAUGUGUGAA